UCAAUAAAAACAAAAUAAAACCAAACGCCAAAACUUUUUAAAAAUCAUAAAAAAAACUAUUUUUAAUACAAAUUGAUUUAAAAAAAAUUAAUUUAACAAAAUUAUAAACACCCUGUGUUUGGAUUUUCUCUUAAACCUUUUAAUACAAAAAAUCUUAAAUUUUGAUCGAACUUUAUAAAAAAUUUUAUUUGCAACGAAUUUCUUUAUUCGCAUUGAACCAAAUACUCUUCAUCUAAAAAUCGACUUUACUCUUUGUUUCAUUCUAAUAAAUGUUCUCUUAAACCCAAAAAAAUCUAAUUCAAACCACCACCAUAAAUACGUUGUCAUUCUACACAUGAACACUGUAUGUGUGACUACUGAAAUGUGUGUAAAUGUGUCCACUGCAAACCCUCUGGCGUACGUGAAACGUAUACAAAUAAAUUUAUUUUAAACAAUUUAAUUUAAAAAAAAAAAAAACUAAAAAACUCUCGAAAAAACACAAAAAUCGUUACGUAUUUGUUGGAAACUUUUAAUCUUUGUUUUCAUUAUCUCGUGUUAUUUCUUUAAAUAUUGCAACGCGUUAUAUAAUAUUUUUUAAAAUUAUUGAUUGCGCGCGUACGGUUUAAUUUAAAUCGCGUUCAAAAUAACCGUAAAUAUUCCACCCCUCCCCCAAACCCCAACCAUCCCGCUGGCGUGCGCUCUUUACGACCCCCACGAUGUCUCGGCAGUCGGGUCGCACGCCGCUGCCGGGGCUUGGUGGGGGCCACAUCAUCACGCUACUCCACAUCCAUCCACAACUGCUGCCACUGCCGCCCUUAAUCACCAUCAAACGGCAACUGGGACGACGCAUCAUCAUCAACAAUUGCAUCAUCCGGCUCAUCACGCACAUCCGCAUGCCCAUGCGCAUUUGCAUCCACAUCAUCAACCGCAUCUGCAACAUCAUCACCUGCACCACCAACAACAACAACACAAUUCCUCCUCGGCGGGUUUGGCAUCUUCGAAUGCAUCAUCUGCCUCCUCAUUGUUGGGUACGGAAUCGUCACUGCAACAACAACAACAAACAUCACAACAACAACAAUCCUCAACACAACCAACCACACAUUCCACACCUACUCAUGCGGUUAUGUAUGAAGAUCCCCCGCCUGUUCCUAUAGUUCAACAACAACAGCAGCAGCAACAACAACAACAACAGCAAUUACAUCUCCCGCAUCAACAACAACAGCAAACAAGUAGUCAACAGUCCCACAAUAACGUUGAUACUACUCCCGUUGGUUGUCUUAGUCCCUCAGAAACACCUGCAGGUCCUGCACCACAAUCUCAGCAGCAUUUAACAUCACCUCAUCAUCAGCAACAACAACAACAGCAGUCAAAUACAGUACCCUCCAGUGCUCCUAGUAUUCAACAGCAACAACAGCAGCAGCAGCAACAACAACAGCAACAAAACACAGCAGUGGCGUCCGGCCAGACACUAAUUGUUACGCCGACAGCGGCGAGUGUUUCCCCAUCCAGUGUUAGUUCCCAACCUCCAGAUAUGUCCCUCUCAUUAGCACCAUUGCAUAUACCCGCGAUAAGGCCAGGUUUUGAAGCCGACGCUGCCAGUGCAGCCGUUAAACGGCAUCCUCAUCCGGCAUGGCCGUAUGAAAGUGAUGGCUUCAGUUCAGCGCAAUAUCAUCAUGCAUCGCAAUACUACUUAGAAAGAGAUCGUAAGCCUGUAUUCUAUGGUUAUCCAGAAACGCAAUUUCAGCCUUAUUGGAAUUACCGCGAACAACCCACAUCCGCUGCAGCUGCGGCCUACAUGAGUGCUAGCGAUGAUAGACAUGCAACGGUUAGUGCUGCUGCUGCAGCCAGACAAUCGGUAGAGGGAACCUCACAGUCAAGCUAUGAAACGCCAACUUAUUCUUCGCCUAGUGGUUUACGAGCGUAUCCAAGUGAAGCAUAUUCAAGUACAGGUGGUUCUGGUGGUUUAUCUGUCGGUGCAGUUGGACCCUGUACACCCACCAAUGCUUUGCAUGAAUGGACCGGUCAGGUUUCUGUACGAAAAAAGCGUAAACCUUAUUCGAAAUUCCAAACCUUAGAGCUAGAGAAGGAAUUCUUGUACAACGCCUACGUGUCCAAACAAAAACGAUGGGAAUUGGCCAGAAAUUUAAAUUUGACCGAAAGACAGGUGAAAAUUUGGUUCCAAAAUCGUCGCAUGAAAAACAAGAAAAACUCACAACGUCAAGCCAAUCAACAAAACAACAACAAUAGUUCAAAUAGUAAUCACAAUCACAGUCAGGCAGCCCAACAGCAUCACAAUAAUCAUCAUUUGGGUUUGGGUUUGAGCAUGGGUCAUCAUGCCACAAAAAUGCAUCAGUGACCUUUGGAUAACAGCAGUGCUGGCACCAUGGGAUUUCCAACUUACUAACAUUUAGCCAAUAUUAAAACGGAAACGUUUACCGAAUUUUAGUUCCACAAACACACACACACAUAUACCCGGAAGACAACCAAAACCAAGAACUCUGCCCCAUACUUACAGUUGCAACCAGUUUGCUGAAGAAAUUAUGAACUGAAUACUAAAGAAAUCUGUAUAAAACUUGAAACCUUAGUCCCAAAUUGUAGUUAUUACAAUGUCAGACACUGUUGUUGUCUACUCUUUAAAUGAAAACAUUACUACAACCAAUCAUUAGUUCAUUUAUACAUACACAGAUACAGACAGACAUGCAUACAUUCAUAAGUAAAAAUUUUAUAAAUGUAUGUUAGAUUGACUUUUGUACACUCAUUGAUACAUACAUACAUCAAUAUAAACAUUUAGAUACAUUUGUGUAUAUGUAUACAUAUAAAUAUUUAAAGAUUUUAUACAAAAAUAUAAACUAAGUAGAAAUUUAAAUAUUCAUAUACAUACACACUCUCUCACUCUCAUCAUCAAUCCAAAACACAUUUAUUCAUUCAUACAUAAAUAGAUUUAAACAAAAUUUUUGCAUUGUAUCUCAUAAAUACUAAAAAAACAACAACAAUUUGUAUGCAAAAUUAAAACACACACUCAAACACUCAACUCAUUUUGAAAAAUUUUUUAAAAGUUAAUAUUUAACCCAAAUACAAAAAUACUAUAUUUGAGAAAAAUUUGCAAAACUAAAAGAGAUAAAAUUAUAUAAAAUGAUCAAAUUUUUAACUUGAAGGAAAAAAAUUAAAAGAAAUAAUUUUAAGAAAAUUUAAAUAAUUGUUUUUAAAAAAUUAAUGAAAUCUAAUCUAUAUGUAUUAGACUAACUAAUAUAGAAUUUGUUUAAAAUCAGACAAAUGUUAAAAUUAGAAUUUGUUUUAAAAAAAAUUGUUUUUCAUAGUGUGCAAAAGAUUAAGUGGUUCGAUAUAAUAACAAAAUAAUAAAAUACUGUUUGUCUUUUUGAACACAGGAUAAAAGUUUACCACUAGGGCCUAGAGUAAUCCGCUAUUUACACGAGAUAAUUCACAUAUUCGUAUGCAAAAUACGAUUGUUAAUAUCGAUUACAAAACAAGUGAAAUUCAUGUUGCAUGAGUAACUUAGUUGUCUGAAAAUCAUUUGCCACAUGUUCUAUAUAUGUCGACCACUGCAAAUAUUAGUUUACAUACCAACUGUUCAAAUAUAUGAUGAUAUAUGUAUGUUUAUUUAAUCUUUAAUUGCUUUAUUAAGAUUAAAUAAAAAUCUAUGUUGUAAUUUUGUCCAUAAUGUAUACUUGUUUUGUUAAUUAAAUAUUUUAAUUGUGAUCAUGCUAUUUUAUCAAACAUUUGAUCAUUGGUUGGAGCCUACAUUUGGUUUAAAAAGAUUUAGUAUAAGACAAAACCUAAUCAAUAAUAUAUUCAGUUUUUAACUUUCUAUUAUCAAAAGUUUAUCUUUAUGAGAGUUACUUAACCCUACUUAAAUGUAUUCUAAUGCAAUAUUUUUCACAAAAAGAAUAUAUUUUUAAAGAUUUCAAUCAAAUUCGGGAAUCAUAUUUUUAGACAGAUUCUAUACAUUAUUAUGAGAAACUUUAAACAAUUCUUUUAACUAAAACACAAAAAAUGAAAAGGUAUGUUUACAAAUAAUUAGAUUUCAUUAAUAAAUUGUUUUCUUUCUAAUUAACAAUAAUAAAUAUAUAAAAAUAUAAUAAGUUCCUGUAAAUACUUAAGAUAAAAUAAAUAUUUACUAAAUUAAAAAGAGAUCAAAUUGUAAAAUAAUUUCAUUUAAAACAUGCUUUAAUGUAGUAAAAACAAAAACAAAUACUUAAAUAUUAAUAAAAAAAAUAAAAAACAUA